AUGAUUAUUCCGGCCACCUUCAAGCCUUCUCUGACAAGAAUCAGAAGCAAGAGACGCAACAAAAGGGUCAAAAAUGGAGAUACUCACUCGAUGUGUCCAGCAUGUCUCUAUCAACUCAGCAUUAUACAAGGGAGGACGACCGUCCCUUCCACGCUACUUCUCCAUCAUGUACAGCUCGACACACCCUUAGAGUCAAAUCGUCUGAUCAACGGAGAGACACUUAACAAAAGUCCAGCAUGGAAAACAACUCCUCUCCCCUCCCUGCCAAUCCUCUUGUCUCCAACCAGAUUUGGCAACUUCGGAGGCCGCUUUGCUCCCGAGUCCCAGAUGGACGCCUUGCAGGAGCUCACAUUGGCGUUCGACCGUCUCAUCUCCGACUACGGCUUCUGGAAAGAGUUCCUAAGCUCCCCCGGUAUCCGUUCUAGCCCACUUCAGUUCGCAAAAAACCUCACGCGCAUCGCUGGCGGCGCGAAUAUCUGGCUCAAGCGGGAGGAUCUCAAUCAGCAUGGGAGUCACAAUAUCCGCAGCAUUGUCGGUCAAGCCCUGCUCGCACGGCGGCUAGGAAAGACCGAAGUCGUCAUGGAGUGCGGCUCAGCCAGGCACGGUAUCGUCUGCGCAGCGACCUGCACACGCUUGAAUAUGAAGUGCACCAUCCUCAUGGGGAGCCGGGACGCAGCCGACCAGAAGGACAGCGUGGACAUGAUCAAAAUUCUCGGAGCCACAGUCCUCACCGCAGACAUGGGCGCAUCUCCGGGCCGUGGGACCCUCCGAGCUGCAGUCAACGAGGCCCUUCGGUACUCUGUUGCCCAUCUCAGCACCACAUACCACAUCAUGAGCGGUCCAAUCGGCCCCCACCCGCUUCCAACCAUCACACGCACCUUUCAGUCUAUUCUCGGCGAGGAGAUCAAAUCGCAGUUCGGCAGCGCCAGCGGUGACCGGCUCCCGGAUGCCCUCGUCUCCCCCGUCGGACCAGGCAGUGCAGCCGUCGGCAUGUUCUACCCGUUCAUCGAGCAUCUGUCGGUGAAACUGCUCGGCAUCGAGGCGGCAGACGCAGCUCCUCUAUCCCACGGUGACGUCGGCGUCCUGCACGGAUGCCGUACCUAUCUCCUCCAGGACGAGCAUGGCCAGAUCCUCGAUUCGAGCUCGAUAUCCCCCGAUCUCGACUUUCCCAGCGUUGGACCUGAACUGGCGCACUGGAAGGAGAGGGCCAGGGUGGAAUAUGUUGCUGCGACGGAUGCUGAGGCCUUGCGGGGUGCGGACAUUCUUCGGAGUCAGGAGGGGAUCGUCUCGGGAGCGAUGACGGGGUAUGCUGUUGAGAAGACAAUUCGGCUUGCGAGGGAACUUGGGCCAGGGAAUGAUGUUGUCUUGCUUGUGGCGGGAUGA